CGGCUGUAGAGGAGGUGAGCCAGUCGUUGUUUAUAGACUCAACCUGCAGUUCAACCUCUGUUAUUGAUAUCUCUAUAAUAUAUUUAUUAUAUUUAUUGAUUGAUUAUCUCCGCUGAUCGAUCCGGUAACCGGUUCAAACUGUUUGUGACACCGCUGCUAACAAGCUAGUUAGCGUUAGCAUUAGUUAGCAGCCAGUGUAGGCUAACGUUAGCUCUCGUUAGCUCUCAGCAGCUAAAGUGAAUCAUUGAUCUCUUGUUUCAUUGAUCUCUAAAGACUGCGGACUCUGACUGAAGGAGGAGAUGUUGUCAGUUAUUACCAGGUCGGCUCUCUCGAAAUACAGCGGGUUGUGGCUGCCCAGUCAGGCUGCGGUCAGGGCCAUGUCGUCUCCAGCCGGUCCCAGUCCUCCCUACACCACCCUGGCCAUCAGUCACCCAGCGGAGUUCGUCACACACGUGGAGCUUCACCGUCCUAAGAAACUCAACGCCAUGAACAAAGCUUUCUGGAGGCAGAUGGUGGAUUGCUUUAAUGAGAUCGCUGGGAACCCAGAAUGCAGAGUGGUGGUGGUUUCUGGAGCGGGGAAGAUCUUCACAGCCGGUAUCGACCUGAUGGACAUGGCCAGCGACAUACUCCAACCAGAGGGCGACGACACGGCUCGAGUUUCCUGGAACCUCCGGAAAAUAAUCACCAAGUAUCAGGAGACGUUCUCCGUUAUAGAGAAGUGUCCAAAGCCUGUUGUAGUGGCCGUCCAUGGAUCCUGUAUUGGUGGAGGUGUUGACCUGAUCACAGCCUGUGACAUUCGCCUGUGUACCCAGGACACCUGGUUCCAGGUAAAGGAAGUUGAUAUUGGACUUGCAGCAGACGUUGGGACUCUCCAGAGACUUCCUAAAGUCAUCGGCAGCUCCAGUCUAGUGAACGAGUUGGCUCUGACCGCCAGGAAGUUGUACGCCGACGAAGCCAAAAGCAGCGGACUCGUCAGCCGAGUGUUUACAGAUAAGGAGGCCAUGAUGGCAGGAGCCCUGGAGAUUGCUGGGGAGAUUGCUGCCCGGAGCCCUGUCGCUGUGCAGGGCACCAAAAUCAACCUCAUCUAUGCCAGAGACCACAGCGUAGCAGAAGGACUCGACUACAUGGCGAACUGGAACAUGAGCAUGCUUCAGACUCAAGAUGUGAUGAAAUCAGCGCAGGCCGCGAUGGAGAAGAAGAGCCCCAAGACGAUCGUUUUCUCCAAACUCUGAAACGUCACUGAGCCAAAGUUCACACACACAAACACAAAAGCUGCCAUGUUAUUUCUCCAUUGUGGCCUUUCUGUGGGAACGGGAACUACAUCGUAACACGAUCUCUAUUAUUAUUGUUGUUUGGCCUCUGAAACAGCAUUUUGAUAACUUUGGAACAAUAAAUCAACCAUGUGUGGAGCCAGAAUCAUAACGUAGUUCAGGUUGACCUCUUAAACUGUGAUAUAUAAUAAUGGAUGAGUUAAUUCUGAACUGACCUCACUUUCACAGCUCAUUUCUGUAAACAAAAAAAAAAGGUUAUGUAUAUCUUUAAAUGACUUAAUGAAUGUUUUCUUAUUAAAUAAACUUAUCUGAAAGUC